AAAGAAUCCACUUCUGCUCCAUAAAAACUUACGACCGGCGACGCAGUGGACGCGACCGUAGUGGUGACGGUCGAACGCGAUGAGAAGGCGGCGGAGCUCAACCAGCUCGCGCAGGCGGGCCGGCGAAGGUCCGGCCACGAAUUCGCGUUGAAAGGCAUUGAUAUCGCCCUAACGGGCGCAGAGCUUGCCCCAACCUCAGCGCCUGACAGUCCGCGCCCAGCCUUGUCCAGUAUGAGCACGCCCGAGCUGCGCCGGUUCUGCCAGCUCGCCCGCGGGCGGCGCCGGCGCCCAUGCAUGACUUCGGAGGCGCGCCAGGAAGCGCCACCGGCGGGGCGGCGGGGGCGUGGAUGUGUGCUCCCCAAAGCCUCCCCCGGGGCGGGCCGCUAGCUUUGCUCCGGGGCCCAACUGCCACCGGUUUCGCGGCCCGGAGAUGGCCGGCCUGCCGUGGUGCCGGCGCCAGGCAGUUCGUUGCCUGCCGGCGCGCGCGUUUCUAUCUGCGUGGAGGGGCGUGUUGAUUCUCACCCUUAUGUGGUGGCCCUAUUAUCGGGCUAAGCUAUAUGACAAGCACUUGACCCACCGAUUCUCGCGCGCGGGCCCGCCAUUUUUCCACCCAUUGUUUGCGCGGCAGCCGCAGCGCAAGUACGCAACACGGUAUACAAAGGUCGUCGGAACGCGCCUCCGAGUUUUUGUCUGCGACGAAAAAUAUUGCCACCCCGUCCCUCCAAC